CGACCAGAGUCGGAGCAAGGAGGGCUCCCGUGCGGGCGGGGAGCUAAGGGGCCCCCUCCAGCCCGGGGCAGCCCGCGCACGGAGCCUGGAGCCCGGAGCCUGGAGGGGUGGGGAGGCCCCGCGCCCGGGGCCGGACCGGAGAGAGAGGGAGAGCGGUGGCUCCUCCCCCGGCCCCCGCCGCUGGCCGAUCGGGGCGCUGGGCUGGCGCGGCGGGAGCCGCAGCCCUUUCCGGGGGGCGGACCCGGCGGCGGCCGCGGUGGCGGCACCCAGCUCCUGCCCCGACAGGUGCGCGCGGCGCGAAGGAAUGCGGCCCGCCUGACUCACCAGCGCCUCCUUCCUACCUGCGCGCCCGCCCCAUAAAGCGCUACCCGCCCCGUCCCCGCCCGCGCCUGCUCUCGGAGCGUCCCGGCUAGUCCGCGCGCUGUAGCCCCAUCUCCUAGCGGCAGCCGCAGAGGACAUAAUUCUGCGCCGAGGCUGGCAGGCCCGGGUCCCUCCGUCGACACUGCCCAGGACAGGUGACCAGCCUCGCCGGAGUGCACCGGGGCAGCUGGGAGCCGAGGGACAGGGCUGCUGGAGAAGCGUGGUGCCCAUCAGACCUCCAGGUCAAAGGAGCCCCUUGGUGCGCCUGCGGGAGAAGUAGGCAGAGGAGGAAGAGGAUGGCAGGGCCACACCCCAGCCCAUGGGCCAGGCUGCUACUGGCAGCCUUGAUCAGCGCCAGCCUCUCUGGGGCCUUGGCAAACCGCUGCAAGAAGGCCCCGGUGAAGAGCUGCACCGAGUGCAUUCGUGUGGACAAGGACUGCGCCUACUGCACAGAUGAGAUGUUCAGGGACCGGCGCUGCAACACCCGGGCAGAGCUGCUCGCCUCAGGCUGCCAGCGGGAGAGCAUCAUGGUCAUGGAGAGCAGCUUCCAGAUCACAGAGGAGACCCAGAUCGACACCACCCUACAUCGCAGCCAGAUAUCCCCCCAGGGCCUGCGGGUCCGGCUGCGGCCCGGUGAGGAGCAGCACUUUGAGCUGGAGGUGUUCGAGCCCCUGGAGAGCCCCGUGGACCUGUACAUCCUCAUGGACUUCUCCAACUCCAUGUCUGAUGAUCUGGAUAACCUCAAGAAGAUGGGGCAGAACCUGGCUCAAGUCCUGAGCCGGCUCACCAGCGACUACACUAUUGGAUUUGGCAAGUUUGUGGACAAAGUCAGCGUCCCGCAGACGGACAUGAGGCCUGAGAAGCUGAAGGAGCCCUGGCCCAACAGCGACCCCCCAUUCUCCUUCAAGAACGUCAUCAGCCUCACAGAAGAUGUGGAUGAGUUUCGGAAUAAACUGCAGGGAGAGCGGAUCUCGGGCAAUCUGGAUGCUCCUGAGGGCGGCUUCGAUGCCAUCCUGCAGACAGCCGUGUGCACGAGGGACAUUGGCUGGCGCCCAGACAGCACCCACCUGCUAGUCUUCUCUACUGAGUCAGCCUUCCACUAUGAGGCUGACGGUGCCAAUGUGCUGGCUGGCAUCAUGAACCGAAAUGAUGAACGGUGCCACCUGGAUGCCACAGGCAGCUACACCCAGUACAGGACCCAGGACUACCCAUCGGUGCCCACCCUGGUGCGCCUGCUUGCCAAGCACAACAUCAUCCCCAUCUUCGCUGUCACCAACUACUCCUAUAGCUACUACGAGAAGCUUCACACCUAUUUCCCAGUCUCCUCACUGGGGGUGCUGCAGGAGGACUCAUCCAACAUUGUGGAACUGCUGGAGGAGGCCUUCAAUCGCAUCCGCUCCAACCUGGACAUCCGGGCCCUAGAUAGCCCCCGAGGCCUUCGGACAGAGGUCACUUCCAAGAUGUUCCAGAAGACGAAGACAGGGUCCUUUCACAUCCGGCGGGGGGAAGUGGGCAUGUACCAGGUGCAGCUUCGGGCCAUCGAGCACGUGGAUGGGACGCAUGUGUGCCAGCUGCCGGAGGAGGACCAGAAGGGCAACAUCCAUCUGAAACCUUCCUUCUCCGAUGGCCUCAAGAUGGACGUGGGCAUCAUCUGUGACGUAUGCCCUUGCGAGCUGCAAAAAGAGGUGCGCUCAGCUCGCUGCAGCUUCAACGGAGACUUCAUGUGUGGACACUGUGUGUGCAGCGAGGGCUGGAGUGGCCAGACCUGCAACUGUUCCACCGGCUCUCUGAGUGACAUACAGCCCUGCCUGCGGGAGGGCGAGGACAAGCCGUGCUCAGGCCAUGGGGAGUGCCAGUGCGGGCACUGUGUGUGCUAUGGUGAAGGCCGCUACGAGGGUCAGUUCUGCGAGUAUGACAACUUCCAGUGUCCCCGCACCUCUGGGUUCCUCUGCAAUGACCGAGGACGCUGCUCCAUGGGCCAGUGUGUGUGUGAGCCUGAUUGGACAGGCCCAAGCUGUGACUGUCCCCUCAGCAAUGCCACCUGCAUCGACAGCAAUGGGGGCAUCUGUAAUGGACGUGGCCACUGUGAGUGUGGCCGCUGCCACUGCAACCAGCAGUCGCUCUACACGGACACCAUCUGCGAGAUCAACUACUCGGCGAUCCACCCGGGUCUCUGUGAGGACCUACGCUCCUGCGUGCAGUGCCAGGCCUGGGGCACCGGGGAGAAGAAGGGGCACACGUGUGAGGAAUGCAGCUUCAAGGUCAAAAUGGUGGAUGAGCUUAAGAGAGCGGAGGAGGUGGUGGUGCGCUGCUCCUUCCGGGACGAGGAUGACGACUGCACCUACAGCUACACCAUGGAAGGCGAUGGUGCCCCCGGGCCCAACAGCACUGUCCUGGUGCAUCGGAAGAAGGACUGCCCUCCUGGCUCCUUCUGGUGGCUCAUCCCCCUGCUCCUCCUCCUCCUGCCACUCCUGGCCCUGCUGCUACUGCUCUGCUGGAAGUACUGCGCCUGCUGCAAGGCCUGCCUGGCACUUCUCCCUUGCUGCAACCGAGGUCACAUGGUGGGCUUCAAGGAAGACCACUACAUGCUGCGGCAGAACCUGAUGGCCUCGGACCACCUGGACACGCCCAUGCUGCGCAGUGGGAACCUCAAGGGCCGUGACGUGGUCCGCUGGAAGGUCACCAACAACGUGCAGCGUCCUGGCUUUGCCACUCAUGCCGCCAGCAUCAACCCCACGGAGCUGGUGCCCUAUGGGCUGUCGUUGCGCCUGGCCCGCCUCUGCACCGAGAACCUGCUGAAGCCCGACACUCGAGAGUGCACCCAGCUUCGUCAGGAGGUGGAGGAGAACCUGAACGAGGUGUACAGACAGAUCUCUGGUGUUCACAAGCUCCAGCAGACCAAGUUCCGACAGCAGCCCAAUGCCGGGAAAAAGCAAGACCACACCAUUGUGGACACAGUGCUGAUGGCACCCCGCUCGGCCAAGCCGGCGCUUCUGAAGCUUACGGAGAAGCAGGUGGAACAGAGGGCUUUCCACGAGCUCAAGGUGGCCCCUGGCUACUACACCCUCACUGCAGACCAGGACGCCCGGGGCAUGGUGGAGUUCCAGGAGGGGGUGGAGCUGGUGGACGUGCGGGUGCCCCUCUUCAUCCGGCCUGAGGACGACGAUGAGAAGCAGCUGCUGGUGGAGGCCAUUGACAUCCCCGCAGGCACUGCCACCCUCGGCCGCCGCCUGGUAAACAUCACCAUCAUCAAGGAGCAAGCCAGUGGGGUGGUGUCCUUUGAGCAGCCGGAGUACUUGGUCAGCCGUGGGGAGCAGGUGGCCCGCAUUCCUGUCAUCCGGCGUGUCCUGGAUAGUGGCAAAUCCCAGGUCUCCUACCGCACCCAGGAUGGCACUGCGCAGGGCAACCGGGACUACAUCCCCGUGGAGGGCGAGCUGCUGUUCCAGCCCGGGGAGGCCUGGAAAGAGCUGCAGGUGAAGCUCCUGGAGCUGCAGGAGGUUGACUCCCUCCUGCGGGGCCGCCAGGCUCGCCGUUUCCAUGUCCAGCUCAGCAACCCUAAGUUCGGGGCCCACCUGGGCCAGCACCACUCUACCACCAUCAUCAUCAGAGACCCAGAUGAAGUGGACAGGAGCUUCACGAGUCAGAUGUCAUCACAGCCACCUCCUCACGGCAACCUGGGCGCACCGCAGAACCCCAAUGCUAAGGCCGCUGGGUCCAGGAAGAUCCAUUUCAACUGGCUGCCCCCUUCUGGCAAGCCAACGGGGUACAGGGUAAAGUACUGGAUUCAGGGUGACUCCGAGUCCGAAGCCCACCUGCUCGACAGCAAGGUGCCCUCAGUAGAGCUCACCAACCUGUACCCAUAUUGCGACUAUGAGAUGAAGGUGUGUGCCUACGGGGCUCAAGGCGAGGGACCCUACAGCUCCCCAGUGUCCUGCCGCACCCACCAGGAAGUGCCCAGUGAGCCAGGGCGUCUGGCCUUCAAUGUCGUCUCCUCCACGGUGACCCAGCUGAGCUGGGCUGAGCCGGCUGAGACCAACGGUGAGAUCACGGCCUACGAGGUCUGCUACGGCCUGGUCAACGAGGACAACCGACCCAUUGGACCCAUGAAGAAGGUGCUAGUUGACAAUCCUAAGAACCGGAUGCUGCUCAUCGAGAACCUGCGGGAGUCCCAGCCCUACCGCUACACGGUGAAGGCACGCAAUGGGGCGGGCUGGGGGCCCGAGCGGGAGGCCAUCAUCAACCUGGCCACCCAGCCCAAGCGGCCCAUGUCCAUCCCCAUCAUCCCUGACAUCCCCAUCGUGGAUGCCCAGAGCGGGGAGGACUACGACAGCUUCCUCAUGUACAGCGAUGACGUUCUACGCUCUCCAUCCGGCAGCCAGAGGCCCAGCAUCUCCGAUGACACUGGCUGCGGCUGGAAGUUCGAGCCUCUGCUGGGGGAGGAGCUGGACCUGCGUCGCAUCACGUGGCGGCUGCCCCCGGAGCUCAUCCCGCGCCUGUCGGCCAGCAGCGGGCGCUCCUCCGACGCCGAGGCGCCUUACGGGCCCCCGGAUGACGGCGCGGGCGGGAAGGGCGGCAGCCUGCCCCGCGUUGCGACACCGGGGCCCCUCGGAGAACACCUGAUGAAUGGCCGGAUGGACUUUGCCUUCCCGGGCAGUGCCAACUCCCUGCACAGGAUGACCACGUCCAGUGCUGCCUAUGGCACCCACCUAAGCCCACACCUGCCCCACCGUGUGCUAAGCACAUCCUCCACCCUCACACGGGACUACCACUCACUGACCCGCUCGGAACACUCACACUCGGCCACACUGCCCAGGGACUACUCCACCCUCACCUCCGUCUCCUCCCAUGGCCUCCCUCCCAUCUGGGAAUACGGGAGGAGCAGGCUUCCGCUGUCCUGGGCCCUGGGGUCCCGGAGUCUGGCUCAGAUGAAAGGGUUACCCUCUUCCAGGGGCCCACGAGAUUCUAUAAUCCUGGCUGGGAAGCCAGCAGCGCCCUCCUGGGGCCCAGAUGCUCGCCCGACUGCUGGUGUACCCGACACACCCACCCGCCUGGUGUUCUCUGCCCUGGGGCCCACAUCUCUCAGAGUGAGCUGGCAGGAGCCACGGUGUGAGCAUGCACUGCAGGGCUACAGCGUGGAGUACCAGCUGCUGAAUGGCGGCGAGGUGCAUCGGCUCAACAUCCCCAACCCUGCCCAAACUUCGGUGGUGGUGGAAGACCUCCUGCCCAACCACUCCUAUGUGUUCCGCGUGCGGGCCCAGAGCCAGGAGGGCUGGGGCCGAGAGCGUGAGGGCGUCAUCACCAUUGAAUCCCAGGUGCACCCGCAAAGCCCACUCUGUCCCCUGCCAGGUUCUGCCUUCACUUUGAGCACCCCCAGUGCCCCAGGCCCACUGGUAUUCACCGCCCUGAGCCCAGACUCGCUGCAGCUGAGCUGGGAGCGGCCACGGAGGCCCAAUGGGGAUAUUGUCGGCUACCUGGUGACCUGUGAGAUGGCCCAAGGAGGAGGGACAGCCACUACAUUCCGGGUGGACGGAGACAGCCCUGAGAGCCGGCUGACAGUGCCGGGCCUCAGUGAGAAUGUGCCCUACAAGUUCAAGGUACAGGCCAGGACCACCGAGGGCUUCGGGCCAGAGCGUGAGGGCAUCAUCACCAUCGAGUCCCAGGACGGAGGCCCCUUCCCACAGCUAGGCAGCCACGUCGGGCUCUUCCAGCACCCGCUGCAAGGCGAGUACAGCAGCAUCACCACCACCCACACCAGCGCCAUGGAGCCCUUCCUAAUGGACGGGCUGACCCUGGGGGCCCAGCACCUGGAGGCAGGUGGCUCCCUCACCCACCAUGUGACCCAGGAGUUUGUGAGCCGGACACUGACCACCAGUGGAACCCUCAGCAGCCAGGUGGACCAACAGUUCUUCCAAACCUGACCCCGCCCCACCCCCCCCCGCUAUGUCCUGGAAUCCAGGCCUUCUCUCCGCUCCUCUCCCAGAGCCUCCUCAGCUACUCCAUCCUUGUACCCCUGGGGGCCCGCCCAGCCCACCCGCAUGCACAGAGCAGGUGCCAGGUGUCCUCUGGGAGGCAUUAGGUGGGCAAGGUCCCUCCUCUCUGGUCCCAAACCUAUUUGUAACCAAAGAGCUGGGAGCAGCAUAGGGACCCAGCCUCUGUUCUGCACUUAAUAAAAGGUUUUGCUACUG